AUUAUUGGAUAAAAAUUAUAAAAUAUACGUAUUAUAUGCACUUGGACGUCCGUUUUUCCGCCCCGCGAUAUAGUAUAAAUUAUCGUUUCGCAUUCGGUCACGUAUCCACGCACGUAGAUUCCGUGGACCCGUCGUUCUCUAUCAACCUAUACCUAGCCUAUUACGUUUUUUCAUCUAUCCACCAAACCGGAAUAGUGCAUUGCUACAGGUAAUCAUGGAAAAAUCGAUAUUUUCUUUUUUGGCCGUCUGUUUAUCGGUUCAGUUGGUGCGUGAAUACUGCAGUAGCGACUGUUACAAGUACAUGGCCGUAGGAGUUUGUGCAUCAUUUGGACUGUGGUACGGUUACCGCUUUUUGAUCAGACCAUUGGACAUACAAAGGAAAUUGGCCGAUGUGGGUUACGAACAGCACUUCACACAAAAACAAUGGGCGUCAAAGGAUAAGUUACACCUAAUACGAUCCAUGAUGAAACUAAGGAAAAAAGGGGCUUUACCACCAGUUUAUCCGAAUGGAUGGUUUGCGCUCCUAGACUCAGAUCAAGUUAUCGUCAAUCAAGUUAAAUACGUGACGGCUUUAGGAGAACAUUUUGCAGUGUUUCGUGCAUCCAAUGGCGACGUCAACAUACUAAAUGCUUACUGUCCUCAUCUGGGUGCUAAUAUGGCUAUUGGAGGAAUAGUUAAAGGAAAUUGUCUCCAAUGUCCAUUUCAUGGAUGGACAUUUGACGGUACCAGUGGAAAGUGCGUCCGAAUACCGAACGAUUGUUCGAAUGGAUUGUUGUCGAGAAUGGCGUCAGUGAAGAGAUGGGAGUGUUGUGAAGCUAACGGCUUUGUGUUCGUGUGGUACCACGCGGAGAACGAGGCGCCGUCAUGGUACCCGAUCAAAGACGUACAGGUGACCAGCCGGGGAUGGACAUACCGCGGCCGUAGCGAGCACUAUGUGAACGCGCACAUCCAAGACAUCCCGGAAAACGGAGCAGACGUGGCCCACUUGCCGGCAUUGCAUGGACAAAUGGCACUCGGUGGCCAGUACGCCGCGCAGGCCAACCAGUCGCUGUGGAGGUGGCUUGGCGUCCACGAGUGGACGGCCUCUUGGCGAGCGGACGGCACGCGCGGGCGGCACGUGUCCGCGCUCGAUCUACAACACAGGCUGGUGGUGUUCGGAAAGUUCGCGGUUUUCAAAAUGAACGUGGAAGCGCAACAGAUAGGUCCUGGAUUAGUGAUUUUAAAUUUUAAAACCAGUUUUGGACCAAUAAAAUUGGUUCAAGUUGUUACACCUGUUGAGCCAUUAAUUCAAAAAGUUGUUCAUCGUAUCUAUUGUCCAGUGUAUUUAUCACUCUAUGCUUCAAUAGUUUUAUUCAUGGAAGCUGUAAUGUUUGAAAGAGAUGUAGUCAUUUGGAACCACAAGAGUUACAUUGAAAAGCCUUUAGCUUCAAAACAAGAAUCAACACUCUUGGCACAUAGAAAAUGGUAUAAACAAUUUUAUAGUGCUAAUAGUAAACAAUUUAGCAACAGAAAAGAAACAAUAGAUUGGUGAAUAAAUAUAUUAUAAUUAUACAUAGCUGAAAAGUAUUACUAAAUAUAUAAUAGUAUAGAUAUAUAAAAUGACAAUGUUAAUUUUUACUUUAAAGAUUUUUGUCAAUAGAAAAAAAAACAUUCAAUGAAAAAUUGAUUAAAUAAUGUAAAUAUAUACAUCAUUUAUCGCUUGAUUGGUUGUGUUUCCUUUUUUAGCCAUGUUAAUGCUCUCUUAUCAUCUAAUUUUUGUAAUAACGGUGUUAGAACCUCCAAA